AUGUCUACCAGCACAUACCCAAACGCCAAAGAAGUGUAUCUUUGUGGUAGCUUCGACAAUUGGACUGGCAAAUACAGAAUGGAAAAGGAUUCGACAAAUUCUGGUUUCAGUAUAUCUUUGGAGUUGCCAGCAGGAAAAGUGUAUUAUAAGUUUGUUGUCGACGGCAUGUGGAAAACUUCAUCAAAGGGGUUGCAAGAAUGCAAUUCAUCUGGAAUAUGGAACAAUGUACUAUAUCCUGAAGACAUUGCCUGCAGUAGUGACGAAGACAGAUUUUCAGAGUAUACUUCCAUAUCGUUUCCCUCGGGCAGCAACGAAAAUUCAUGUCGUACCAACGAGCUGCAUCAAGAAGUCAGCAGUAUCUGUGAUAAUAUUGUCCAAGUGAACGAAGAAAACCUUUCAACGUCUGUUCAGAUCACUUUGAAUGAUGAUAAUUCCGUGACAACAAAGACUGACCUCACCAGCGAUGGAUCCCGCACGCCUCAAUCCAGAAUGUCAUUUGAUCGAUCCAAGGCGCCAAGAAAUGCGGUCAAGAAGACGAUUCUGUUUAGGUUGAAGUCCCUAUUUAUCACCUGA